AUGUAUGGUUCCCUCCGGCGCCGCGUUCUCGGCGGCAGCAACAACGACAAGGACUCUCCAGCUUCCUCCAAUGAUCCAUCUCGUGAUAGCUCGCCCGCGGUGGGUGAAGAAAUGCUAUUCCUCUCGGAGAAGAAACCCGAAAAAUCCCAUCAUUUAACGCGGACGCCUGGAACGCGACGUCGAAAUGCCUGGAUAUUUUUCUUGGGCGGAUUGUUUGGGCUGGCGUUGGCGGCUUUUUUCGCUCGAAGCAACGAUAUGCUCGACAUCAGGGCCCUAACCGAUAUAAACCUUGAUAGUAUCUUUGAUGUCCUUCCGGCAGCUCUACUGAGAGAUGCUCAAGAUUUACAGAGACGUGAACGAGAUGCCAUCGCAUACGACUCGUUUGCAGUUGGCCUACAUGCUCGAUCACAGGGCGUCAAAGCCACACAUCCCGUCAUCAUGAUUCCUGGAGUCAUUUCGACCGGCUUGGAAUCAUGGGGGACCUCUGAUGUAUCCCGCAAUUACUUCCGACGCCGGUUAUGGGGAUCCUGGACCAUGAUGCGAGCGUUGGUGUUGGACAAAGCUUCAUGGAAGAAGCACCUGAUGCUCGACAAGGACACGGGUCUGGAUCCGCCUGGAAUCAAGUUGCGUGCCGCUCAAGGAUUCGAUGCCACCGACUUCUUCAUCACGGGGUACUGGAUCUGGAACAAAAUCCUGGAAAACCUGGCGACGAUCGGUUAUGAUCCGGGGAAUGCGUUUACCGCCGCAUACGAUUGGAGGCUUUCCUACGAAAACUACGAGAAACGGGACCAAUAUUUCACUCGCCUCAAGCAUCAUAUCGAACUCGCGUCCCGAAUCUCGGGUAAGAAGGUCACCCUCUUAAGUCACUCCAUGGGGUCCCAAGUCCUGUACUACUUCUUCCAUUGGGUCGAAUCGGAAGCACCGGGCCACGGCGGAGGCGGCCCAAACUGGGUAGAAACGCAUGUGGACAGCUGGAUCAACAUCUCCGGAUGCAUGCUAGGCGCUCUCAAAGGCCUGACCGCGGUCCUGAGCGGCGAGAUGCGGGAUACCGCCCAGCUCAACGCGUUCGCGGUGUACGGCCUCGAGAAGUUCCUCAGCCGACAUGAACGCGCUGACCUGUUCCGCGCCAUGCCGGGGAUUUCCAGCAUGUUGCCGAUGGGAGGCGCGGCGGUGUGGGGGAACGAGACGUGGGCGCCGGACGAUCCGCCGGGCGCAAACCAUACCUUUGGCCGCUUCAUCACGUUCCGCGAACGGAAUGGCACGGCGGUCGGGCAGAAUCUGACCGCGGGGAUGUCGUUGCCAUACCUGUUCGAGAAGCUCAAGUCCGAACCGUGGUACGAGAAAAUGGUGUCGGAAGCGUAUUCAUACGGUAUCGCGCACAGCCGUGAGGAAGUCGAAGACAACCAACGGGAUCCUUCGAAAUGGGUCAAUCCCUUGGAAACGCGCUUGCCGCUGGCUCCGAACCUGAAGAUCUACUGUUUCUACGGUCAUGGAAAGCCUACCGAAAGAGCAUACUAUUAUCGAGACGAUUUGGACCCCAUGAGUAUAACUAAUGUUAGUAUGGAUACGGGUUAUACCGACCCCAACGGGGGUCCCGACCAUGGCGUAAUGAUGGGAGAAGGCGAUGGCACGGUGCCGCUUCUCUCGAUGGGAUACAUGUGCGUGCGGGGAUGGAAGUACCGACGGUACAAUCCUGCGGGAGUGAAGAUUAAGACGUAUGAGAUGCCUCAUGAACCGGAGCGAUUCAGUCCACGAGGUGGGCCCAAUACAGGUGAUCAUGUGGAUAUCUUGGGACGAGCCUCCUUGAACGAUCUCAUUCUCCGCGUCGCGGGCGGGAAGGGCGAUUUAAUUGAGGAUAACAUCACCUCCGACAUUCUCGAGUAUGCGGAAAAGGUCAAAAUCUAUGACCACCUAUGA